AUGUCUUGGAUGUCCCAGUUGCUGCCAACGCUGCAGCAGCACGCCGCUUCCGCCGCGGUUUUGGAGGAGGAGGACGCUCAGCGCUUGGCUCGCUGGGCUGAGGUAGCCGGGAGCCUCAUCGAGGCGUACACCCAGCUGCUGUGGCUGGACCCAGAAACCUCUGAGGUUCUGCUGCGAUUUAUCGCCGCCUGCUUUAUGGUCCACCCGCGAGUGGGACAAGCAGUUUCUGAGCUUUGGGCGAUUCUGAAGGAUGCAAAGCGGGACGGGAAGCUGCCGGAGAACGUGAUGCCAAAGAUUCUGCAUCGCCUGGUGGAACCGAGCGUCUUGUCUUUCACCCGCUUCGGGCGCUUCGACUCGAAGUUCACGGAUGAUCGCGCGGACUUGGUGCAGCUGAGGAGCGCACAGCAGGACAUCCUCGUGGACAUGUACUGCGUCGCUGCGGGCACGGCGGAGGCGCAGCUGGUGCUCGGCACAUUGCUGAAGCCGCUGGAGUCGGGAGACAUCUUGGGCCAGGAGGUGGUGUGGUACGCCUUCCAGGGCAUUGCAGAGGUCCUUGCUGACGAGCCCAGCAUCCCCAACGAGUACAACGUCGUGCUGCCCUCUGUGUUCCGGGUCACGGGGGGGCCUGCGGAAGCUUUGGCCACGGGCGCUGCGCUGCUCAGGGCCUGCGGGCCUCACUUCGAGCAACGCCUACAGGCACAUUUGGCCCCGGCGGUGCAGUGGCUGGUGUCCAUGGUGGCGCACGUGCCCAACGAGGCCAGCGAAACGGUGCAGGAGCUGUGCGGGUACGCCGGCAAGCUCCUGCUGCCGCACCUGGAAGAGUUUCUCAAGGUGGUGGACCAGGUGGCGCCGAAAGCUCCGGCGGAGGUGGAGGCGUGCCUCUACGGAGCUUUGGCGGGCAUCGCGCGAAACCUCCCCGCAGAGCAAGCUGCAGCGGGCUUUGCCAAAGUGUGCAACAGCGCUGCGGCCACCUUGCAGGGCAUCGACACCAGCAGCGAAGCAGGCCGCAUGACGCUGCAUCGAGUCUUGGGUCGGAUACUGCGAUGCGACUUUGUCAUGCGUCAGGCGGGCCCAGCAGCAGCGAACGGCGUGGCCGUUUCGCCGGAGGCGCGGCUCGCCUCCGUGUGCCUGGCGGGAUUUCUGCUCUCCUGCUGGCCAGUUGUUGCGGCGCCUUGUCAAAGCGUGCUGCUGGCAGCGCAGGUGACCAAGGAAGCCUUGAAGGGCCGGCCGAUGUACGAGUACUCGGACGUGGCGGUCCAGGUGAACGUCCUGGCGCUGCUGCGCCGCGCCGGCGCCGCCAGCUACGAGGCGGAGAGCGAGCCGCUGGCGCAGCAGGUGACGCAGCUGGUGGCCAGCUGCCAGGCUGGCCAGCCAGCGGUGCUUAUGGCCGCCGCACAGCUGGCCGCCCACCCCGGCCUGGCACAGAAGUACCUCCUGCCCCAGCUGGAGGUCAUCAGCAACACAGCACUGAUGCGGUCUCAGAAUGGGCGAGCAGAGGACCUGAUUCCGUUUCUCGACCUUUGCUCGGCCCUGGCGACGUCAGUGGGCGAUGCGGUCUUCAGCUCCCAGCUGCUAGCUCCCUUGUGCCGCUUGUGCGUCGCCGCCCUCGCUUCGGCUGAGCACGAUGUGCUGAAGCCGGCGCUGCUCUUUCUGCAGCGCUUGCUGACCACGCGCGCGGUGCAGCUGGGGGAGGCGGACGUGGGGCAGUUGGCGCAGGCGGUCGUGGCGAGCUUUAGCCAGUGGCCCAGGAGCAUGAAUACGCAGAUCUUCAAGGUGUUCUCAGCCUUGGCAGAAAGACAUGAGCGAGUUUAUCUCGCCACCAUCGCUGCCUCUGCCGGGGCUCCCUGCAUGGCAUCGCUGAGCGAGGGCGACCGGCGCUUGGCGCAGCAGGCUUUGGCGCGCUUGCGCGGGCCCAAGCUGCGGGCGCUGCUGGCAGACCUGGCGGCCGUGCAGCGGGGCGAGCGCGGGGCGGAUAUGCUGCAGAGCUACGUGGACGCUAUUGAUGUGCUGAACGACCAGUACAGGAUCAGAGAUGACAAGGACUGCAAGCCUAUGAAGGCGGCGCUGACGCAGAUCCAUGGCUCGGCGCGCCUCUUCCGGGAGAUCUUCCAAGAGACGAGCAGCGGGGAUUUUGGCAUCCACAUCAAGGAUGGCCCUCUUUUUCGCUGCCACACGCGUAUCUUGGAUACGUCCGGGGGCUUCUGCGGGAAAGUCCGUCAAUUUGGAAAGCUGAUGAGCCGAAACGCGGAUCACGAUGAGAUCCCGGCGGCGAAGGACUAUUUCAAAGCCAACGGCUACACGCGGUUACUGGACGACUUGCAGUCCAUCCAGUUCUCACAGCCCAUCGAGCGAUCAGCGCUCAGCGGGCCCAUGGGCAAGAUCACCUCGGGCAAGCGGGAAGAUCCGCUGAAGCCAGGAUUCUCCACAGCUCACUUCAUCGGCGGCACCAUUGGCACCAACAAGCGGGCAGAUCCCUUCUUCCUCGCAGAGCGAUAUGAGAUCCAGUGCGACUGCGAGCUGAUGGCGGAGCUUCUGAGAUUCAUCUAUUGCGGUGAAAUGUCCUUCUUCAACGAGCAAGCGGAGAGCGACAAGGCCAACGAAGUCUUGACGCAGAAGAUGCUCGCUAUUUGCUUUGAAGCCGAGCGAUUUUCAGUGGACGCUCUCUACGAGAAGCUUUUGUCCUGGUUCGGGAAGAGGAGCUUCUACGUGGUGGGAGAGCUGAACUUUGCAGAUGCGUUCUACCACUUGCAGCACUAUGAGCACCGGGCCACGGAGGAGCAUUCCCGCAAUGUUCUCGUCCAGACGAUCGCCACAGACAUGGUCUCCUCCCGGGAGCAGUUCCGGGCCGUGACCCGGGACUCUCGCUGGUGCUCGCUGCCAGUCUACUUUGUGGAGACGAUCCUCAAUUACGAGCGACUCCCCAUCAGCUCAGAGACAGAGAUUCUCAGCCUGAUCGAGCGUUGGAACGCUACGGCGGACAAAGAGAAGGCCGACAUCGUGAGGCUGCUGGCCUGUUUCAGGCCUGGGGAUGACUCGCGGAUGGCCAUGAAGAACUGGUUGUCACUGAUGGGAUGGGUGGACGAAUCAGGCAGCGUGGUGCCCAUCCCCGGCCUGGAGGGAUUAGAGCACGUGAUCAGCGGCAGGGCCACCAAAGGAAAGAAGCCGCGGAACUGCAAGACGGAGAACUUGGAUGUCCGGGACUACACCAAGGCGAUGCUGGAAAACUUCCACUCGGAGCUUGCGCCGGAAGGCAAUGAUGAGGAGGCGGAUGCCACCUUCCUCCACUACCGCGGCAGCAAGGUCCUGGCGCAGGGCUGCUCCUUCAACGUGGGCGCAGGCGAGCGCUUGCUACAGGCAGAUGUGCUGCGGGACUCUGGCCUUAGUCGCCUGCGUGUAGCCUUGUCAGAGCCCAACUCGCUGCUCUGGAACGCGGAGCACGAAGUCUUCGUGGGUCUCUCCUAUGGCGAAGGCAAGUACUUUGGCUUCCUUUGCAGUGCCACCACCUUCUCAGGCAUCUUCGCAGUGCGAGCGCUGGCCUCGGCGGCGCCGGCGCCCUCGGCGCCGGUGCACCUCACGGGCUCCGGGAACAAGAUGGAGUUCGACCUGGGCCUGGAGAUCCAGCUGCAGCGCGUGGACCUGGUGGUGACCUGCGAGCUCAGCUGCAUUUUCAAGAACGAGUUCCUCACCAAGGAGAGAUUCCAAAUCUCGCAUGACACGCUGGUGAACGGGCCUGGGCUGCGGUAUCAGGUUGUCGGCACUGGCCUGGAGAAGGACCGAGUUCUGGUGAACCUGGCCUGGGUCAGUGGCGGAGGCCCGUCCCAUGACAAGCAUAUCGACUACGGGACCAUCGGGUUCGUGGAAGGCGAGUAUUGA